AUGUUUGAUUCUGUGUCUGACCCUCAACGUACGAUGGCGGCCCCAGAACAGACAAUACGGGAUCUGGAAGCAUCCAGUGACUCAACUAUAUAUAUCAGGCCAGGCACCACAAACGAAAAAGCAUCCCAAGAGACUCCCACAAACCCAGAGAGCUUUUCACCAGCGCCAGACGGCGGAAUUAAAGCAUGGCUAGUUGCCAUUGGUGCAUCCUGCACCAUCUUUUCCACACUUGGGUUUUCAAACUCCUUUGGAGUGCUACAGGAGUACUACGCCGUUCACCAGCUGCAGAACGAAUCCUCAGACCGCAUCGCAUGGAUUGGGUCUCUGGCUGCUUUUCUGCAGUUCGCAACUGGUGCAAUUGCAGGCCCGUUGUUUGAUCGGUACGGUGCAUGGGUAAUCCGACCUCCAGCCAUCGCCUACGUGUUCGCCCUGAUGAUGACAAGCCUCUGCACCAAAUACUGGCAAUUCAUGCUCGCCCAGGCGGUCCUUGUGGGUAUAUCCAGUGGCAUGCUACAAUUCCCCGCCAUGGCUGCGGUCUCGCAGUACUUUGAUAAGAAGCGCGGAGCGGCAUUAGGGCUCGCCAUCGCCGGCUCGUCUAUCGGGGGCGUAGUCUUCCCUAUCGCACUGUCCAAAAUGCUCAACUCCUCCUCUAUAAGUUUCGGCUGGGCCAUACGGAUAAUCGCAUUCAUCAUGCUCCCAAUGAUGCUCUUCACUUGCCUGACCGUGACCGCGCGCCUCCCAUCGCGAACAACGGCGUUCUUCAUCCCGAGCGCCUUAAGUUCGCCGCUCUUCGUCCUCCUCAUCCUGGCUAUGUUCUUCAUGUUCCUGGGGAUGUUCAGCCCCAUCUUCUUCAUCCCGACUUACGCCGUCUCCCGUGGCAUGGACGCCACACUUGCCUCGUACCUGUCCGCCAUCCUGAACGGUGCCUCCACAUUCGGUCGAAUCAUUCCCGGCAUUUUAGCCGAUAGAUUUGGACGAAUCAACGCUUUUGGCCUCGGCGGGCUCGCAACGGGAAUCAUAAUUUGUUGCAUGAAUGAAGCCCAGUCAAACGCCAGUCUGAUCGUCUUCUCCGCCGUCUUCGGCUUCUGGUCCGGCACGGUAAUUUCUGGCGGCAGCGCCGCCCUUACAGCUGUCCCAAAGAACCCACAGGAGUUUGGAACGUACCUGGGCAUGGGAAUUGCGCUUAGUGGUUGUGCGGUGCUUAUCGGACCGCCAGUCAGUGGCGUCCUGGUUGACCACUACGGCGGCUUCUUCGAGCUGUCCAUAUUUAGUGGAAUAGUUUGUCUAGCCGGGGGCAUUAUCGCAUUGCUGAGCAAGGCGGUUACGGACCAAGGAUUGUUUGGAAGAAUUUAG